AUGAGGGCAAAAUACCACCCCUCAAGGGUCCUUACUCUUGUAUAUCAAUCAUUUGCACUUGGGACACUUGCAAUACUGACAUACAAAGAGGCAAAAAUCAAUGCCAAAAGAAGAAACCUAUUUGGAUAUAUCCAUUUUUGCAUAAGUGCUCUUGCUGUUCUUGUUCUGGAUUUAGCUACAUCUGGAAAAGGAGGAAUUGGGACUUAUAUUGGAAUAUGUACCAUUAGCGGUGCUUUUGGAGUUGCAGAUGCUCAUGUUCAGGGUGGAAUGGUUGGAGAUCUAUCAUUCAUGCUACCGGGUUCAUGCAAGUUACUUUCUUGUUUUUUAUUCUUCAUGUCUUUUCUUGCUGGUUUGGCUGCAUCGGGGGCUCUAACCUUUGGCUUGAGAUUGAUUACAAAAGCAGCAUUUGAGAAUUCCAAGGAUUGCCUGUGCAAGGGAGCUAGUACGUUCAAAUCCUUUUAGCUGUUUUUCAUAAAUUUUGUAGGAAAUAUGAUUCAAUAAGUAUUGCUACAUAUUGGGGUUACAAUGUUCUAGUUACUGUUUUUUGAAAGAGAAACUUCUCAAACUAAGCACAAAAGAAUUGUUGUUUCAAAACAUAGAUUAUGCA